GGAGCAGGAGGGCCUCGUGCCAAGAUGCUGGCUUUGCGUGGUGCGCUGGUUUGCCCGAGGCCUCUGUGUCGGUCCGUGCGGUCAGGAUUUCGGGCCUGGCUUUCGACCUGCGCUCCGGAUCCUGAGAUUCCUCCAAAAACAAAGAGGGGAAGGAAGCCUUGAAGAUUUCCGCUCCAAAUGGUAGGGGGUCCAUCUCUGCAGCAUUUCCUGCAAUCGGCUGCUCUGUGAAGGAUGCCCAUCAUUUGCCAGCUGAUGUCUUGGAAGACCCCGCCCCUUACCUUGGACCCAUCAGCCUGGCAGAUUCCCCGAAGAAAGUCUACCUGGAGACCUACGGCUGCCAAAUGAACGUCAGCGACACGGAGACAGCCUGGGCCAUCCUCCAGCAGAGCGGGUACCAGAGGACCAGCAACCUGGCAGAGGCUGACGUGGUUCUGCUUGUCACAUGUUCCAUCAGGGAGAAGGCCGAGCAGACGGUCUGGAAUCGCCUGCGGGUGUUCAAAACUCUCAAGACGAAACGGCAACGUUCGCGGAGGUCUCUGCGGAUCGGGAUCUUAGGCUGCAUGGCCGAGAGGCUGAAGGAGAAAAUUUUGGACGAGGAGAAAUUGGUCGAUAUCGUGGCUGGCCCAGACGCUUACCGGGACCUGCCCCGGCUCUUGGCGGUGGCUGAAUCCGGCCAGCAGGCAGCCAACGUCCUGCUCUCUCUGGACGAGACCUAUGCAGACAUUUUGCCUGUCCAUCUCAACCCUGGCGCCACCACAGCCUUCGUGUCCAUCAUGCGUGGCUGUGACAACAUGUGCAGCUACUGCAUCGUCCCCUUCACUCGUGGGCGCGAACGGAGCCGGCCCUUGGCCUCCAUUCUCCAGGAAGUGCAGAUGCUCUCGGACCAGGGUGUGAAGGAAGUGACCCUUUUGGGCCAGAACGUCAACAGUUAUCGGGACACCUCCGAGGUCCAGUUCCUCUCCCUGGCAUCACCUGAGCUCAGACAAGGAUUCCGGACGGUCUACAAAGCCAAAAAGGGUGGGUUGCGUUUUGCCGAACUUCUGGACCGAGUGGCUGCCGUGGACCCAGAGAUGAGGAUCCGCUUCACUUCUCCUCACCCCAAAGAUUUCCCAGAUGAGGUAUUUGAGGUCAUGCGGGAAAGACACAAUAUCUGCAAGCAGGUGCACCUUCCCGCCCAAAGUGGCAGCUCCCGUGUCCUGGAGGCCAUGAAGAGAGGAUACACGCGGGAAUCAUACCUGGAGCUUGUAUAUCAUCUCCGUGAUUAUUUACCAGAUGCAACGCUCACCAGUGACUUCAUUGCCGGAUUCUGUGGGGAGACGGAGGCCGAUCAUUUGCAGACGCUGUCGCUCCUCCGUGAGGUCGGCUACGAUGUCGCCUACAUCUUUGCCUACAGCCAGCGGCAGAAAACCCGGGCAUUUCACCGGCUGCCGGACGACGUCCCACCCGAAGUGAAGCACCGUCGGCUGAAGGAACUGAACGUAGUCUUCCGGGAAGAGGCUUCCCGCCUCCACGCGGCGGCCGUGGGCCAGACACAAGUGGUGCUGGUGGAAGGGCCCAGCAAGCGCUCCCCCCUGGAUCUGUGGGGCAGGAAUGAUGGUGGAAUCAAGGUCAUCUUUCCGGACGUGGAGAUGAGCGACGGGACCGAGGGGCCGUCGGCUGUCCGAGCCCAACCCGGAGAUUACGUCCUAGUGGAGAUCUCCUCGUCCUCCCCCCUGACCCUGAAGGGCACUCCCCUCUGCCGAACCACACUCAGAGGCAGCUCAUCCACAGCCUCGGCAGAGGCCGCCCGCAGAGCAGCCCCGGGUGCAAGAGGAGGAUUUUCAGCACCCUCAAGACAACGAGGAGCAGCCAAGGACAGAUGACCAGCGAGCACCUUGGACGCCAGCGGCUGCACCCGGCCAGGCACCCCUUGGUGAGAGGCUGUUCGCCCAACCGAGCUGUCCGGCGUCAUUAUCCGAAGCAGAGGCAGUGAAAGAAAAGCUAUGUGGCUGGACAAACAGCCUUGGAAACAAGGAGUCCAUAUUUUCGUCCAUCAGAGGAUGCAUUCAGACGUGUUGGGUGUUCCUGCCCGUUUCUUCCAGGGUUGGUCCACAAAUGGACGCUUCCCCCUUCGUCUCAGACAUACGUCCGUUCGCUUCAGGGCCAACAGACUCUCUCUUGCAAGUUCUGGGAGGACUCAAGUUGUGUAUCGUGUGAAGGAUCUUUUGGGGCAGGGGGCUCUCCUCUCCCAAGCAGGUGCCCUCCAGCUGGGCUGGGCAGCCCGGCUUUUGGCUCUUUAAGGAUGAUGGGAGUUGUGGUUGUGGAAGCUGCUGGAAUUCAUCAACGGGGGUUGGGAUGGGGAAGCAGUGGACUAAAUAAAUGUUUGCAAAAAUAA